UAAUAUCUUGGGCAUCUAAUUCGUUUCGUGGGGAAUUCCGUGUCAUUCACAAUGACGCACAUAUCUACGAUAGCCGGCGAGUACAUAUAUAAUCCCUACAACGGAGCACCGGAGAUCAGUCCUACUUCAACAACGUGCGGCGAACUUACUCCAAAUUUGUGACCACAGUAUCAUGAAAAGUGAAAGACUCGUUAUUUUUGUCCUAACAAUUGUCUGUUGCAUCUAUAUUACAGCAGCCAAAGGUAAAGGAGGUAGAAGAGGAGGUGGUCACGGAGGUUUUUUCAAACGUAUUUUCGGAAGUAGCAGUAGAACACAUUCUACAAAUAGCCAUACUCCCACUCACAGUCAGAGCUAUGACAGUUAUGGUUCAACACAUAGUAACGGACAAAGUAAUGGUGGAAGCUAUUCCAUGAAUUAUGGAAUUGGUGGAUUGAAUAGUGGUCAUAGCUACGGGUCUGGGAAUCCUCUGUCGUUUGGAUCCGCCAGCAGAAAUUAUGGGACAGAAUCAUCUGAUCAACAUCUAGGAUCUGAUGGGGUUUCAACACCAGAAUCGAUUGACGUGAACGACCCUCCUCCGGAUAUAUUCAAUAAUAAGGACACCGGCUUGGUAUUCAGAAGGCAUGAACAUAACGAUGAUUUAUUUCCUAUACUAGACGCAGAGGCGUUAAGCCGUUGGUGGAAUGGUGAAGCUUCAAAUUCAGAAGGUCUAUUCAAGCUAGUUAAAAUUGAAAGACCCGGGCCAGACUUGGGUUGGAGUCGUGGAGUAGUACAGGAUAUAAAUGGAGCGGAAACACACUCAGAAAAGACAUCGACUCCAGUGACCCCGAAAUCCGACUCGACACUCCAAUCAACGGAUGCCCCAUCACCUCUACGACCUAGCUCACUUAUUGGACUUCCUUCCACCAUGACCGAGGAUGCGGGUGAUCAUAAACCGGUGCAUCCUCCCCAGCUAGGACAAAUAGGAGACAGCAAUAGCACUCCCGAGAUACCAGUAUCUCCCAUUGAAUACGAUAUUUCUGAAGAAGAGUUGAUGAACCUGACAGAAGCCCUGUUCACCAGGAAGGAAUCAACAUUGAAGGACUACUGCAUAGUGAAUUUGCAGAACCAGGUGACAUCGGAAAAUUCUACAGAUCAGGCAUCAGGCCCGUUGAUGUAUACAUCAAUGGAUUUGUAUGACCUACCAACCGUCAGGGCACUUCACAAAAUGUUCAAUAAUUACGAAAUCAAUUCGACCCUGACGGAACCGAUUACAACUGAACAGCAAAACAGGGAAAAUGUGCUCGUGGAUACCUUCCUCAAGACAACUCCCAUGAAAGACGCGAUGAACUGGCUAGCAAGCAAGGAUUAUUUUGGACCGACUGAGGCUGAAAUGCUAGAAGUGCUGCGUAGCAUUUGGUUCACAAAAAUCGAAGGAACCACCUCCGGAUUUGAGCGAAUAUUUCUCGCCGAAAUUUACCCAGAUUCGAAUUUACUUGGAGGGCAAAAUUGGAUUUAUUUUACAUACGAAGAGUCCUUGAAGAAUAUCAAUUAUAUGGGGUACACUGAAGAGCGAAAUCUGACCGAUAAAGCGAAAUUACUGAGUGUGAAUUUCAGCAUGAGAGACGUAACGAAAAAUAAUUCAACGAUGUUAAUUGGAACGUCUCCGGAAUUCGAAAUGGCCCUGUACACUAUCUGCUUUUACACCAGACCCGACGACUUUUGUCCGAUCUCACUUGGAGGAAAUAAAUUUCAUAUUUACACUCACAGUUUCCAAGACUCCGGAAAGGAUCUCAUCGAUAUUGGGGUUCUUGUCCUUUAGUGGACCCGUUCUUCGUAUAAUUUUGGAAAGUCUGAAGAGCCAAUGUCGGUAUAGGCAGUUCCCCUAUUGGUAUCAAAGCCGUGGGGAUUCUCUACAUAAGAACGCAUUUUUUUAAAGAACAAUGCCAAAGCUUUAGCAACUAAUGUCUUUUAAUUUUCGAAACCGUUAAUUUCCUAUGGUCCCGCCAUUGAAAUUAACUGGUCAGAAAAUAGUUAAACAUUUUUAAGUUAAGAUCGUAUUCCUAUUCUAUUUUUUAUAUGAUAAUGACGAACGAAUAUGAAGGACUAUGUAGCAAACUGAUCAAUCACGUUUUAUAAAACAAUAUUUUCAUCAAUAUUUAACGCUUUUCGAUACACUCAUUACUAAGUAAUCUGAUGGAAACUGUUUUAUUUCCAUUAAACAAUAAAGUCAUUACACGGAGA